GGUUAAGUCAACACCAGACAAUGAUGCAGUCACAGAUUCCAAAUUGAGUCAGGCCGCUUUAAGAAAGGAGUAGCUGCUGUAAUCUGAAGCCUGCUGGACUCGGGUUGGGAGGCAGCUACUCACUUCACUGCUUGCUGGAGCCCCUCAGAGAGCAGGCUGAGAGGGACCUAGACUGUGAGAGAAGCUGCAGCCGACCACAGCCCCGUGAUGCAGGCCCUGGUGCUUCUGCUCUGGACUGGAGCCCUGCUCGGGCAUGGCAGCAGCCAGAAUGUCCCCAGCAGCUCUGAGGGCUCCCCAGCUCCCACAGGGGAGCCAGUGGAGGAGGAUGACCCCUUCUUCAAGGUGCCUGUGAACAAGCUGGCAGCAGCCGUUUCCAACUUCGGCUAUGACCUCUACCGCCUGAGAUCUAGCGCCAGCCCAACGGCCAAUGUCCUGCUGUCUCCACUCAGCGUGGCCACUGCCCUCUCUGCCCUUUCCCUGGGAGCCGAACAGCGAACAGAAUCCGUCAUUCACCGGGCCCUCUACUACGACCUGAUCAGUAACCCUGACCUCCACAGUACCUACAAGGAACUCCUUGCCUCUGUUACUGCUCCUGGGAAGAACCUCAGGAGUGCUUCCAGAAUUGUGUUUGAGAGGAAACUUCGAGUAAAAUCCAGCUUUGUUGCUCCUCUGGAGAAGUCCUACGGGACCAGGCCCAGGAUCCUCACUGGCAACCCUCGAAUAGAUCUUCAGGAGAUUAACAACUGGGUGCAGGCCCAGAUGAAAGGGAAAAUUGCUCGGUCCACAAGGGAAAUGCCCAGCGCCAUCAGUAUCCUCCUGCUCGGUGUGGCUUACUUCAGGGGACAGUGGGUAACAAAGUUUGACUCGAGGAAAACGGCCCUCCAGAAUUUUCACUUGGAUGAGGACAGGACUGUUACAGUCCCCAUGAUGUCAGACCCUAAGGCCAUCCUACGAUAUGGCUUGGACUCGGAUCUCAACUGCAAGAUUGCCCAACUGGCCUUGACAGGAAGCGUGAGCGUCAUCUUCUUCCUGCCCCUGACGGUGACCCAGAACUUGACCAUGAUCGAGGAGAGCCUCACCUCUGAGUUCAUUCAUGACAUUGACCGAGAACUGAAGACUAUCCAAGCUGUCCUGACUGUCCCCAAGCUGAAGCUGAGCUACGAAGGCGAAGUCACCAAGUCUCUGCAGGGCAUGAAGCUACAGUUCUUGUUUGAGUCGCCUGACUUCAGCAAGAUCACAGGCAAACCUGUGAAGCUCACCCACGUGGAACACAGGGCUGCUUUGGAGUGGAAUGAGGAGGGGGCAGGAACCAGCCCCAACCCAGGCCUCCAGCCUGUCCGGCUCACCUUCCCGCUAGACUAUCACCUUAACCGACCUUUCAUCUUUGUCCUGAGGGACACGGACACAGGGGCCCUUCUCUUCAUAGGCAAAAUCCUGGACCCCAGAGGCACUUAAUGCUUCAGUGCUCUACAAGAAAACACUAGAGGGAUGGCUGGUCACACAUUCCAGGAAGGCUGCCCUACAGCUUCAAUGUAUUCUUUGCAAUAAAAGAGCUUUUCCUUAA